AUGGCUCAAGUAACACCGUCCAUCAGUAUCAGGUACACCACCUACGGGGCAGGCUUCAACGCCGCAACCUACGAGCCGAAGACACCCAGCGCCAGCAAGUAUGAAGACGUGGUCAUAGAUUGCCACAACUUCCGUGCCGCCCCUGUCAGCCGUGCGCUCGCCGACAUCUGGGACAAAGCUAUCAUCCCCGGGCAGAAGACGCUCGGCGACAUGAUCAUGGAGAAGAUCGACGAGCGGAAGAUCAAGUGGAGCGUGGUCACGGGCUUUCAGAUGAUCGACGUCGGCGCCCGAGGAGAUCCGGGAGACGAGGUGGUCUAUGUCGCCGUGCACCGGACGGAGACCGUUGAACCCUACACCGAGAUCAAGUGGCUUCGAUCGGUCUUGUACCCGGCUGUUCUUGAAGUACUUGCCAGUGCUGGAGCUACGAAGGAUCUCACCGACGCGGAGGAUGUCGUCUUCGCCUUCCCCGAAUCGCCCCAGCAUUCUAGUUUGGUGAACGAUACUCCAUCUCAGCCGGAUGCAACUCUUGUUCAGGAGCAUGACCAGCAGGUAUUUGUCAACCAACUCCGAGGCCACGUCGUCUCGGAAGCGGGAGGGUACGAUGACUCCGAUGAGGACCUGGACUCCGAUGAGGACCUGGACUCCGAUGAGGACCUGGACGCCGAAGGGGACUUGGACAUCGAAGGGAACCCGGGCGCCGAAGGAGACUUGGACGCCGAAGGGGACUUGGACGUCGAAGAGGACCCGGGCCUCAAUAGUGAUGACAGCUUGAGUAAGGCUCCGGGUUCUACCACAGGUGUUCAGGACUCGUUGCCUCCUUCGAAUGACGGUGACGACGAUAUAGACGGCCUAUAUUGA